AUGGGGGAAGGCUCUUAUGGGAAGGUUGUCAAAGGCCAGAAGCUGGACGACAAACGGAACGUGGCAAUCAAGGUCUUGAAGAGGGAUGGAGAGGACGUCUGGCGCGAGCUGAACGCAUUAAGAACCAUAGCAGUGCUGGAUGCGGACCUCUGCAAUGUGGUGCAGUUUUAUGAAUGCUUUAAUAGCAUGGGCCGCCCCUGCAUGGCCUUUGAAAUGCUGGACUUGGAUUUGUACCAGUUCAUGGGAACACGGAAGUGGGCUCCCAUGCCUUGUAGUGAAAUCCGCCCGAUCGCCAAGCAGCUUCUGGUGGCUCUGGACGCUCUGGCCAGUCUGGGUGUGGUCCACUCAGACGUCAAGACGGACAACGUAAUGCUGGUGGAUGCAGUGAAUCAGCCACUGAGGGUGAAGCUGAUCGAUUUCGGGCUGGCUCGAUCAGCCGUCACAAUACUGCAAGGAGAGUUGCUUCAGGCUGUGGCCUACAGGGCCCCGGAAAUCUGGCUCGGCCUCCCCAUCACCGAGGCCAUCGACAUGUGGGGGCUGGGCUGUACGCUGGCCUUCCUCCUCCUGGGAAUCAACCUCUUCCCGUCACACUGCGAAUACCAGACGGUGAGGUUCAUGGUGCAGAUUCUGGGCCAGCCAGAGGACCGGCUGAUCCAGGCCGGGAUGUUCUCCCAAGCGUUUUUCGUCAGGCAGUUUGCUCCAGGCCGUCCACGCUUUAGGCUGCGGACACCAGAAGAAUAUUUUGCGGGCACCGGCUACCAAACAACAGCGUGUUCCCCCUUCACGACGCUGAGCUGCCUGGACCAGCUGGUUCAUAUCCAUCCACACCACCACGACAGCGAGCUGGAGGACAGGAAGGCUCUUGUGGACCUGCUGAAGGGGAUGCUGGAUCUGGACGGGCGUCUCAGGCUGAGGCCUCACGAGGCUCUGCAGCACCCCUUCAUCUCCAUGAGCCACCUGAGGCAGGAUCCCCGCCACACUCAGUACCUGAUCGCCUCCCAGCAGAACCUGGAGGUCUCUGCAGUCAAGGACUCCAUCCAGGGACAGAUGCCAUUUGUGGCCCCCAAGGACUCUCUCAGCCCCGACUGGCCUGUGGCCCCCAAAGAGUCUCUCAGCCCCGACUGGCCUGUGGCCCCCAAAGAGUCUCUCAGCCCCGACUGGCCUGCUUCUAGCCCCAAGCCGUCUACCGAGCCAUCUGUGUACCCCGAGGAGUCUCCCAGCCCCGAGGAGGCUUCUAGCCCCGAGCCGUCAGUGGCCCGGACAGACGAGGAUGUGGAGCGGCUGGUGCGGCUCCGCUGCUGCAGUAGCUUCUUCAGCGGGAAGAGGUUCGCCUCGGCCGCCGGCUGGGAGUAA